AUGGACUCUUUGCCUGUAGUCCCUGCGAAACACGCUGAUUUUGUGUCAUACGUUCAAGCGCAUCCAGAGAUUCCAAUCCAGAACUUAGUGCAUCCUUACAACAAAUUUGAUGCCGCUGCGCGCAGAAUCUACGCACAGGAGUUAUCACAUCCGUUGGUGAAGGAUAACCAUGUCAACAUUGUACCACUCUACGAUACGGCAGGUUCCACUGAUCUUCGGGUCCGGGCAAGAGAUCUUGCUUCCGAGGAUCCUGAAAUCAAAGAAAAAUACAUCUUACCCCUGGAAGAUAGGACCCGCCGACCCAAUGAUUCACCCGCCGUUGUUCCGACCUUGACUGAAUUUCAACAAAACUUUGCCAUCUUCACGGAAAACUCAUUGAGCGAGCUGGACUGGAGUAAUGUUGUGGUUGCGGGAAGUGCCGUGGUAACUUCGGCUCUACCUGUACCGGAAGAACAUCGCAGUUCAAAGAGAGCUCUACGCCAGUAUUACCAUGAUCAGUUUGCACCGGCCUCGGAUGUGGAUCUUUUUCUCUAUGGCUUGACUGAAGACCAAGCGAUCGAGAAAAUAAAGCACAUCGAAGACAAGAUCCGGAACUCCAUUUUGCACGAGACCACCACCGUCCGCACGAAGAACACUGUUACCAUUGUCUCCCAAUAUCCCACUCGUCAUGUGCAGAUCGUGCUUCGUAUCUACCACUCGGUAGCGGAGAUCCUCACUGGGUUUGACGUUGAUUGUUCUUGUGCAGCCUAUGACGGCAAGCAAGUCUAUGCAUCUCCACGUGCAAUCGCAUCCUACAUCACCCAAGUGAACCAAAUUGAUCUUACCCGACGGUCCCCUUCGUAUGAGAACCGACUUUCCAAGUAUUCUCACCGUGGGUUUGAGGUAUUUUGGCCGCAGCUGGACCGAUCAAAGAUCGAUCCUACCAUCUUUGAGCGAAGUUUCAAUAGAACUCAGGGACUUGCCCGUCUUUUGGUUCUGGAGAAACUCCCAAAACCGGGCGACAGAGAAUCAUAUCUUGGAAAGAGGCGUUCAGAGCGCGGCCGACCAGCCCCGAGCUUGAACUUGAACCGACACCGAAGAGAGCUCAGGGGUAACAUCAAGAAUGAAUGGGAGGAUGAAGUUCCCGAAUGGCAGGAGGAAGACCAAUUGUCAAACUACCACACAUUCACUAUUCCAUACGGCAAACGAUUCAAUGCUCGCAGCAUCGAAAAGCUCUUGUACGCAAAGGACUUGCUCUUGAAUGCCCAAUGGAAUCAGCCCAAGGAUCGUACUGUCUACCUGCACCGCCACCCGGCUUUCUUUGGCGAUGCAGAUAAUGUCAUUGGAGAUUGUUGUGGCUGUUGUCCCCGGCCUGUGACAGAUGAAGAACUGAAAUUAGCUGAGGAGGAGAGCAAAAUCUACAUUUCGGGCCCGGUAACUUUCAUGAAAGAUGAUCCCGGCCGCCAGGAGAUUGGCAGUUUCAAUCCUAUUACCGAAGUAGACUGGACAGAAAUGGCCUAUGUUGGACGCACGGAACGGUUAUGUCAGGCAAUUGUUUCUAAUGAUGUAGCAGCCGUCAAAAGCUUCUUGGCCGAUAAAGAUGCAAACCCUGAUCGCCGGGACUACACUGGACGCACACCACUUCAUCUAGCCUGCAUCUCGUCUAGCCCGGAAGUGGUCCAAUGUCUUGUGGAUCACGGAGCUCGACUAGUCGCUCGCAUGGCUGACGGGAAAACAGCAUUGCAUCUUGGAGCUGCUCGCGGUGACGUUGGAAUAAUCCGGAUUCUUCUUACGAAGAGCCAUGAGAAUGAAGAAGCAGAGGCUAAGAACAAGGAUUCAAAGAAGAAAAUCACCGAGAAAGAGUCGAAUAUUGGGGAAGGGGGCGGGGACGUGGAAAUGUCAGAUGCGUACGCUGCUUCUCACACUUCUGCUUCCUAUGUCAUGGUCGAGGAGGAAGGGAGUGGUGAUAAUCACGAAACCCUUGAAGAAAUUGAACAGGAACCGGAUAUUUACGACAUCAACGCAACUGCGUGGGACAGUCUCGCUUCACCCCUUCACCUGGCUAUUCUUCAUGGCCAUACUGAGGUCGUCACUGAGCUUGUUUCAUCAUUUGGAGCUGACAUUUCUAUGCCAGUCAAGAUUUUGAAUGACUGGAGUAGAAAGCCAGAGGCGGCAAUCCUCAACUUGGUCCUCGUUCUUGCUCUUCCCCUGGAUAAAGCAAGGAGUAUGUCACAGACACUUUUAAGGCUAGGCGCUUCUCCAGCUCAGGCGGAUCUAACCCAGAGUACGCCAUUGCACUACAUUGCGCAGUCCAACUACAGUGAUCUUCUGAAAAUAUACUUGGAGAAUGAUGGCCCGGCACUGCAACGAGCAAUCAAUCAUAUUGCUCUUACGAGUCAAAGCUUCUUCAGAGGAAACAACAUAUUCUUCACACCUUUGAUGAAUGCAAUUGCAAGCCGGAAUUCUACCUCUGCAAAAGAGCUACUGAAACUUGACGCAAAGCCAUGGUUUGAGCUUGAACACUUGAUGAGGGCCAUUGCAUCCCAGGCCUCCAAUGAUCACAAUUUUCAAUCCGUUCUCCUCAACGCUCAAAAUGGAACUACUCAGCCCAUUCUUUUUGCUGCAGAGAAGGAUCUGCCCUUGAUUGCGAUUGAGCUAUUGCGCCAGGGUGCCGAUCCAAAUUUUGAACAGGCGUCGACUAACCCUUACAAUACCUGGCAUAAGAACCAAAUGACAGUCCUGACCUGUGUCCGAAAUUCUUUGAAAUCCAAGCGAGAUUAUUUGAAUGGUGUUAGCGGAGGCAACCAAAGCUUCCAGCCUUGGGACCUACCCACGGUGUUUGAGAAGGAUGAUGAAUCAUAUCUGGCUAAGUAUCCACAAAAAUCUUACAGGAUGUUCUUCGCCAAAAAUCAACUGAAGCAUGCUCGCGAAAAGCAGAAGAAGUACGACGAGACACACUCAUCACAUCAACAUAUGGUCGGUGAACAGAAAAAUACCACAAUAGAACCUGGCCUCCGCGAGAAAAAGGAGGCUGUGGCCGCAUUGAUUCGUGACUAUGAGCUCUUGGAGAAGGAACUGUUAGCGCGAGGCGCGAAGACAGUUGAGGAGCUUUAUCCAGCCGAGAAUGCAGCCUUCCAGUCUCGCCACCCGACCUCCACUAGUCCAUACAAGCCAAAAAUCUUCACAAUCAAUUUCGAAUUCCAGACGCCCGUGCUGACAGACAUAAGACGUGAGGGAUACGUGAAACUAUUUGAAGCAGCAUGGGCUGGAGAUAUAAAGACAAUCGAGGCUUUGACUCUUGCUAUGUGGGGGCCAUCUCAAGACCAACCGCCUCUUGAAAUUGCAAUUCAGGAUGCGCUUAGCAACUCGUGUCUUUCCAUUGCGGUUCUCAGAGGUCAUUCAGCCAAUGCCGAGGCGAUUAUUUCAAUUCUUCAAGCUCAAUACAAAAAGAAAGAGCCACAAGGACAAGUGGUAUACGAGGUGCACUCAGACGCUGAAUCAAUUGAUGAAGAAGAAAUUAAUAUCUCUAGCCACACCGUUGAUGAUCGUUUCACUCAUGAGAAUGUUGGAGAAGUCUUGACCCAUGUUGAAAGUGAAAUCUCUCCUUUGAAAGCACUGCAGAGAUCAUGCGGCGCUCUUCGCUUCCUGGAUGAGUUCUCGCAACCCAAUCUCAGAAAAUAUGGUCCAGACAAUCAUACAUCUCUCAAUUUUCAGAUCGGCACCCUUUUGAACUACGCCAUUUUCAAAAAUGACAUUUCCCUGGUGGAGUUCCUUAUAAAGCUUGGAGAAAAAUGUGCAAGAACCGACCCUUCCGGAAAAGCGAAAUUUACUAUUCCGCAAGAAGAUUUUCAGAUUGCGAUUGCCUUGGGCCAUAUUGACUGCCUAGUCAAAAUGAUUCAAGCUAAGGCGACAGGUCUUCCUCUGGUACAAAUGUGUGAACUUUCUGGAAUCAAGCCGAAAGAAGAACAUCUUUACUACCCCGGUUUAUCUAUUCGCGGCAAAAAGCACAAGGAAUGGGCUGAUGCUGGUCGAGUCCAAGAGAUGCCUCCGCCAGGCUCGCGUCCUCCUUUGUUGAUCGCAGCUAUUCAAGGAAGUCUCACGUCUACAGAGUGGUUCCUUGGUACUGCACCAGGCAGACACUAUGUGGACUACGUGAACUCGCACUCGGAAGAAGAGAACAUCAAACGACUUUCGCUGUCCAAGCUUGGACUCGAAGGAUCUAUUCUGAAUUGGCUACAAACGAGAAAUAAUCUUGUGCUUCAUUGUGCCGUCAUGUCUCGACCAUGCGAAGAGUCUAAGCGUCUAGUGCAAUACUUAGUUGAUCAUCACCCUGAAUGCCUGGAGGUUCGCUCUUCAGGAGGUCACACUCCCCUUGCACUAGCUUGUUCUCUUCACCGAAAGAGCUAUGCCCGCAUUUUGAUUGCUGCAGGAGCCAACCAGACGGUUCGUGACUCUGAGAGCCGUAAUCUAAUUCACCUGCUUCUCAUUUCCAUUGAAGAAAAGGCCUGCGAAACGGCCGAAAGACUUGCUCCACUUCUUGAUCUUCUUGACAAGCCCCUUGUCUCUCCAAUGUUAAUGCAGCGGGCUGAAGAAGAAUCAAUAACGCCUCUCGGAAGUUGGCUGCGAUCCAACUACAGCAACAACACCUGGGAUCCCCGACACGAUGACUUUGAGAAAACCCGGGACAGAAUGGCCGACAUGACAAAACUUCUAAUGAGCUUCGAUGAAUCCAGCAACCAAAAGCAGCUGGAUAUUCUCGACGGAUCUGGUAACACGGCAGUCCAUAUCGCAGUCAAAUUUGGAUAUCCUGGAGUGCUGGAGGCAAUGCUUGAUCGACGCCCGGACCUCUUGUACCGAGAGAGCGCAACAGGAUGCACUCCACUCGAGCUGGCCGUGGACUCCUGGAUCAACGCAAAAACCAGAACUGCUCCUCGACUUUCGAGCAAUCCGCAUGAAAAGGUGCCAGAGUGGGAGUCUGUUGUUAGUCGUCCACCGCGCUACUUUAUUGAAGGCCAUGACUUGAGAACGAGAUGGGAGAUGAUGUAUCAAAUCUGUCAGGAUCGAGCCCAGCAACGGCCUGGCAAGAGAAGACUUGUUACUCUGUUCGAAGCAAAUGAGGUCGCCAAACGAUUGACUGUGCAAAGCAAUUGGACAAAGCGGUUCGCACCUGGUGGUCGGAACUAUGUACCUGGUCCUGGUGCCGUUAGUGAGGAGAGAGAUGAGGUUGCUAUUUGGUCAAGGGUGGCUAGUGAGCAUCGCUGA